GAACACGUGUCUUCAAGAAGAUGUUUUUAUUUGUUUUUCUAACUAUAUUUGUGUCGUUGUUUAUCAAUGGCCAGUGUUCGAAUUUAGACGAAAUUCAGAUUCUGAAAUCCAUGAUUUUAAAACUGCAAGAAAAUCAAAAGAAUCAAGAAGAAGCAAUCAGAUUUCUCAUCGAGGAGAAAAAUCAUGAAAAUCUAAAGAAACACAUACAUGCCCUUGAAGAAAAAGUGGAAAGACAAGAAAAAAGGAUCCGUUUUAUGGAAUUUCAGAUCAGCGAUGGGAGGAAAAAAGAACAAAAUUCAAGAAUCCCAGUGAAUGCGGAAAAACAAACCCGCCCGUCUUACAAUGCGCCUGAGGCCAAGCGUACGAGAAUCGCAGAUGUUGCUUUAGGAACCAGUAUUCCUCAAAAAAGAAAUUCAGGUGCUGCCAAUCCAGCCUUUUUUGCCUACAUGAAUGCCACUGAAAAAGGCCCGAGUAAUAGCCACACAUUAAUAUUUAAUGUUGCCCAGACUGACAAUGGAAAUCAUUACAACAAGUACUCUGGUAUUUACUCCGUUUCACAGCAGGGGACAUAUGCGUUUACUUACACAAUCUUCUGCAGCACCGGUGCUUACCUUAAUUUCCAAGCUGUCCUCAACGACGAGGUGAUAGACGCCAACCAUUGCAAUGCACAGGGAGCAGACCACGGCAGGUCCACAACGGGCGUUACUGUCAUUAGAGCCGACCAAGGAGACGUCGUGUUCAUACGGACACAUCCUGAAGGCCAGCUUAUUGGUAGUGUAGAAAGCAGUGCUAUAUGGAGUCGCUCAACCUUUAGUGGAUGGAAACUUGACUAA